CUGCCCAGCCUUGUUUUCCCCGACCCUCAACGUCAUCUACACUCCACUGCACUUACAAGCCCUUGACACAUCCUGAACUAACCUCCUGCACCUCUAACAACCCUUUCUUCCUCUCAUCUAGUACUCAACAGGUCUUCAAGAUGCCGUCGUUUGACCGUGUCUAUGCCUCGUCGCCGGUUCUCGCCAUGCCGCCACAGGCAGCUCAUCAGGUCUCGCUCGGCAAGCCCUUCCCGCAACACCAAAUCCACCCCUUUAGUCCACCAGCCUCAUGGCGAUCGCAACUGGCGCGCACCUGCACGGCCGCCGGUCGCAAGCGGUCCAGAGACGAGGCCGCAGUCAAUCUCGACGCCCCCGAGAAACUGGCCGAGACUCCCGUCAAGUCGGAACCGGAUGAUGAAUGGAUCUAUGGCCCCGGCAUGACGCUCAUCAAGAAGUCUACUGGCUAUAUCACCGAUGCCGCCAACCAGUCCGGAACCUGGGUUGAAGAACGAGCCGCUGAAGAAGACGCGCGCAAAAUGGAAGAGGCCCUUCUCGCACGGGACCAAUUGGCCCAGUCGCGGCCUUCUCUCAGGAGCCAUAAAUCUCAACGGUUAGACAUGACGACGCCACCCACGCAUUCAGAAGAGAGGUUUCCAAGCCGCCGUUCCAGCCCCACCCGUGAGGCGACCAACCCAAUGACAUCGUCUUCGGAUUCACUUGCGCAACCAAUCGUGGACGACUUCACGCUUCAUCUUGGCAUCGGCUGGAGCCGAAUCAGCGACGACGGCCACAUCCAAGCCGCCGCCCGUGGUUGGGCCCGGUACAUCGAGAAUCACUACCCCGUUAGCAACGUCAAGAUCCUCUUGGAAAGCCGCGGCCUCCAGUCGUACUUGGUUGAAGCAACCGAAGGGUUUUUCCUCUUCGCCGAGAAUCUCCGUCAAGGCCGGCUCGUCAGCGCAACUCCGGAAGGCACCCUCAACAACCUCAAAAUUUCACCACCCGUUUUUGAUGGACUCAACACCAUGGAUGCGUCCGAGUCAGCCAAGCCUCUGGACUCGAUCGGGCCUAUCACCUCAGCUGACAUGGACAUGAGCUGAUCGGCUUUUUGGGAUUUGGACUAGGCGUUUGCGGGAAGGUGCUUGUUUUUUGGGCGCAGUUUUUUUGAGCAGCCAGUGGUCGGUAUGGCGUUGAAUUGGCAGCGUCGACACGAUUGGACUUCAUUCGGUUUUUCGGGCAAAGGUCUUUCAGU